AUGGAAGUUGAUGAUAUCUUAAGAGACUUUGAAAAGUCCACCCAAAAAGACCAAGAUCUUUACAAAUCCCUAACUACCGCCAUGCUCAAUGAAAGAAUGGCCCCAGAAUUACUCCCAUACCAACAAUCGCUUCUUGAAGAUGUUCUUUCUAAGAUUUCCAGCCAACAACAGUUUCUUCUAGAUUCUCAUGAAUAUGGUGACAUUAACAUCGACUCAGGCAUCAUUACAUCGGAUUUCAAACUCCAGCUUAUGAUCAUAGAAACUGAUAUCGAACGGUUGAACUAUUUGGUGAGGUCUUAUCUUCGAGUAAGACUUUCCAAGAUCGAUAAAUUCUCCAUUCAUUAUAUUGAUAUGAUCUCCACCAACAGAGAUUCCAAGCUAUUGUCAUUUGAAGAGCAAAGCUAUAUAUCCAGACACUUUAAGUUGAUGACUGACUUAUACAAUGGAUCAUUCUUGAAGAAAGUGCCGCAAGAUUUGGCAUAUUUGGAUACAGAUUCGGGUAUUUCCAUGAUAGUUAAACCCGAGAUCGAUCAGUUGGUGUUCAUCAAGGUCAAUAAAGGUGACAUUGUUCUUGAAUUAGAGGAUGAUGAUGAGUUAGAGUUGAUACCGGGGGGAAUAUAUAUAGUAAAGUAUAGUUUAGUAAGGAGGUAUGUAGAUAUAGGAGAUAUUGAAUUAAUAUAG